GAGUGCCGAAUAUUGCACCUAAUGUUAGUAUCGCGUAAACUUAAUUUUUUGGCACCACGAUGAGUGCGAUUAAACGGUAUUUUAGGGAAGAGGCAAAAGUGCAGAUGUUAGUGCUUGGGCAUCCCAAACCGUCGGACUUUUACCUCAGUGUUUGGCAAACAACUCGGUCCGCGGUCCCACUUCUCAUUUGGCGGUCGUUCCUAUUUCUAGUGUCACUUGGAGUAGUACUCGCAUCUUUGAUUCUGUAUAUAUUGGCGUCUAAAGCAGGAUAUUGGUUCAUUUACCUUACGCAUUGGGGUCUCACGAUAAACACAUUUGCCACUGGAUUUGCAGUUGCUGUGUCCGCGCGCAGCUAUCUCUAUGGACCAAUAGGCGGCGAGUUUCUUUUACCAUGGUACGUGAAGAUCUACUGGGUGUUUUACAACUCUGCUAUUCCCCUUGCCUUCCUCAUCACCAUAUUUUACUGGACUGUACUCUAUGGAUUGGACGAAGAAGAGGAGUUGAAUCAUGCCCUAGAUGUCUCUGUUCACGGCGUGAACUCGCUGGUGAUGUUCGGGCUCCUCAUCAGUGCCUCCCAGCCCUCGCGGAUGUGGCAUAUCUACCAACCACUACAAUUUGCCAUUCUCUACGUGAUCUUCAGCGCUAUUUAUUAUGCUGCUGGUGGAGUUGAUGCGAGCGGCAACAGAUGGAUUUACUCCGUAGUGGAUUGGUCAUCGCCAGGCAUGACGAUAGGCGUCGUAGCCUUGACAGGGCUCUUACUGGCAGUGCUACACUUCGUGGUGAUGGGGCUGGCAGUCGCACGAAACGCGCUGGCUUCCAAGUUGUUUCAUGACUCGGUGACAGUGCAUGGGCAGGAGGGGGUACCGCUAAGGCGACGACCAAGUCAGUUACAUACCUCAAAUGCAUAGAUCCGAUGAUAUUACUGCUGGCGGAUGGUCCCCACCAUCGAGUGCGCCGACUUCUGGCCGAAGGGUGUCGUGUUUCGGAGGUUCUGGGGCAAACUGCCGAAUCCGACACAAGACCAGACGAUUCAACGGAGCCACGCCGUUUUGUCGUCUAAGUAGUGUUUAGUUUUUAAGUUUAUAAAAUGAAUACGUAUAUGUUAGUCUGUAACGUAUUUGUAAUAUGGGCGUUGUUGCCUGAUUUAAAUUUUUAAAUAAAUAAUAAAAAUAAAUAUUAUCACUGCAUAGCGGUAAAAACUAGUAUGGUACUAUAGAAAAUUCAUAGAGAGAAUAAAGAGGUAAAGUCAAUGCAAAAUUCGAUUCGUACAUAUAUGGAGUGCUCUGUGGUCGGGGUGUUACCGCGUGAACAGUUUUUUUUAGUGUUCCGUGCAAAACUUUGUUUUGAAACACGGAACACUUAACGGAUCACUUCGGUCUUGCAAAUCGGUUAAAUGCGUUUUCUCAGAGACUGUUAAUACCUAAAAUUUGAAACAGUUAUAGCAAUUACCAUCACUAAUAUUGUAACUAAGUCAAAACCGCUUAUUUCUUAUUUUAGGGGGUUACGAGGGGUAACCUGUUUUUUUUAUUUGUAACAAUCGUGUGGGACCACUAGAAAGCUUGCAAAAAAUUAUCGACUGAUUUUCACUUCACUUUAGACUGCAGAGUAGUUUCCAUAAAAAAUACAUUUAAAGUUGCAAGUUUUCAUACAAAAAGAAUCUCCACUGUCCUGGCGUUUUUUUUUGUAAUGAAUAUGAGAUGAAAAGGACCUUGACUGUGUUUGAUUUUGCUGCAUAUCGAUUAGAGGUUGGAUGUAAAUAUAAUAUUUUUAUAUUUGAGAACUUGUGAAC